CCGAAGACAUAUACAUAAUACAUUGCAUUCAUUUUCGUUCCCUUUGCGGCUUCUCCUUUUUCUCACUGCACCCAUUGCUGCUUUGAAGUUGGAACCAUGCCGAAGCAAAUACAUGAGAUAAAGGAUUUCCUUCUAACAGCAAGAAGGAAGGACGCAAGGUCAGUGAAGAUAAAGAGGAGCAGAGAUGUUGUUAAGUUCAAGGUCAGGUGCUCCAAGUACCUCUACACUCUUUGUGUCUUUGAUCCUGAAAAAGCUGAUAAAUUGAAGCAAUCUCUCCCUCCUGGUUUGAGUGUGCAAGACCUAUAAAGGUGUUGACCAAGUAUGUGUUUGAGAGGCCUUUGAUGUUUGUUUUCAUUAUAUUCUGAUGAACAUUGGGAAUUUUGUGAGUUAGUUGGUCUUCCUAUUUAGAUAGUCGUCCUAUAUAAGAACGUGGUUGUUUAGUUAUUUUCAUUUGUUAUGAAUGCAUAUUGUUUUCUGUCUAAUGGAAGAAAUUCAUAGCCUUUUUCUUAA